AUGUUUCACCUAAAUAAGCUGGUGAGAACGAGAGCUGGGUGUCUUAAAGGGAAACAAACUCCAAAAUUAAAUGGUGACUUAGCCGGUGCUCUGACGCGCGCUGUCCCAGUGACAAGUAUCCAAAACCGGGGGUACGCUGAGCAUCAGAUUCCUGACCGACUUAAGGACAUCCCGGUCGCGGAGAACCCCAAGUUCUUUAACAUGGUGGAGUACUUCUUCCACCGAUCAUGCCAGGUUAUCGAGGACAAGCUAGUUGAGGAUGUGGGCCAUCGAUCUAAAAUGACCAUUGAGGAGCGCAGGAAGAAGGUCAAAGGUAUCCUCAUGCUAAUGGAGCCUUGCGAUCAUAUUUUGGAGACUACUUUCCCCUUAAGACUUGACUCAGGAGACUACGAAAUGAUUACUGGGUACCGUGCUCAGCAUUCUACGCAUCGGACACCGUGCAAAGGAGGUAUCCGAUUUUCAAUGGACGUCUGCCGAGAUGAAGUGAAAGCUUUAUCAGCAUUGAUGACUUUCAAGUGUGCUUGUGUCGAUGUUCCUUUUGGAGGUGCCAAAGCCGGAAUAAAAAUCGAUCCUAAAAAGUACUCAGAGCAUGAAUUGGAAAAAAUAACUCGCAGGUUUACUUUGGAGAUGGCCAAGAAAGGUUUUAUUGGACCUGGAGUUGACGUACCAGCCCCUGAUAUGGGAACAGGUGAACGGGAAAUGUCAUGGAUAGCGGACACCUAUGCCAAAACAAUCGGUCACUUGGACAUAAACGCUCACGCGUGUGUAACAGGAAAGCCCAUCAAUCAGGGUGGAAUUCACGGACGUAUUUCAGCUACCGGUCGCGGAGUAUUCCACGGUCUAGAGAACUUUAUAAACGAGGCUAACUACAUGUCUAUGAUUGGAACAACUCCCGGGUGGGGCGGUAAAACCUUUAUCGUUCAAGGUUUUGGUAAUGUAGGUCUUCACUCGAUGCGUUAUCUCCACCGGGCCGGUGCUACUUGUAUCGGUGUUAUUGAGCACGACGGCUCGAUCGUCAACCCCGAAGGAAUCGAUCCCAAGCAGUUGGAAGAUUAUAGAAUUGAGAAUGGAACUAUUGUUGGUUUCCCCGGCGCCCAGCCUUACACUGGUGAGAAUCUUAUGUACGAACAGUGCGAUAUUUUCAUUCCUGCAGCCAUUGAGAAGGUUAUCAACAAAGACAACGCAUCGCGUAUCAAGUCAUUUUUAUUUAUUGUCAAGGCUAAAAUAAUUGCUGAAGCUGCUAACGGACCUACAACACCUGCUGCCGACAAAAUUCUUAUUGAAAGAAAUAUACUUGUUAUUCCUGAUUUGUAUAUAAACGCUGGUGGUGUUACUGUGUCAUUCUUCGAAUGGCUUAAGAAUUUGAAUCAUGUUUCUUACGGACGGCUGACAUUUAAAUAUGAAAGAGAAUCUAAUUACCAUUUAUUGGAAUCCGUCCAAGAGUCUUUAGAACGCAGAUUUGGUCGUGUUGGAGGCCGUAUUCCAGUAACUGCGUCUGAAGCUUUCCAAAAAAGAAUUUCUGGUGCUUCCGAAAAAGACAUUGUUCAUUCUGGUCUUGACUAUACUAUGGAACGAUCAGCUAGAGCUAUUAUGAAGACUGCAAUGAAAUACAACUUGGGACUAGAUCUGAGAACAGCAGCUUACGCAAAUUCCAUUGAGAAAAUUUUCACGACAUACUCAGAAGCCGGUCUUGCUUUUUAA